AAAAUCCUAGUCAAGGGUAAACACAUCUGCUAUGUUCCUCGUUGGUCGUAAAUAUGGUAUCUUGAAAUGAUUAAAUCGUACCACAUGUAGCUUUUCAUACCUUAGCAGAUUAUUUUGGAUGGUAUCGCCUCCUACUCAAGUUGAUUUAAAUUUGAGUAUGUUGCAAUUGUUUAUUAAAAUUAAAACGAUAGUUGAUAUAUGCUUUGUGUUUUAGGAAUAGUAACCAAACCCAAUUCAAAUGCCAAAUUUGAUAAUAAUCCAAACAAAUUUAAAUAAUGAUGUAUUCGGCUACAAUUAUUUACAAAAGGCUCCUUUAUAUCAUUAGUGUGUACAAUAAACUUUUUACAAUUAAUUCAUUAAUUUUCAUAUUUCUACCUCUUCACCUUCCCAUUUUUCUAUUUUCACAAAUAUUUUUUUUAAUAAUUUUUAUUCAUCCAAUAUUUUUAAGUAAUAAUUGAGUUUGUAAUUAUAAAAAUACGUUCUUGAAGAAAGUUGGAUUGAAGAAAGGUGAGAAAAGAGAGAUUAAGAGAUGAGGAGACUUUCAGGAUCAUCAUCCAAGCCUUCAUAUACAGUCCUUCCUCAUCAAACCCCCAGACUCCGAGACCAUUACACUUUGGGCAAGAAAUUGGGUCAAGGCCAGUUCGGGACAACCUUCCAUUGCAUUGAGAAGGGCACCGGCACCGAAUACGCAUGCAAAUCUAUCUCAAAGCGCAAGCUUUUAUGCCGGGAAGAUUAUGAGGACGUGUGGAGGGAGGUUCAGAUAAUGCACCAUUUGUCCGAGCAUCCCACCGUUGUCAGGAUCAAAGGGACUUAUGAGGACAACCUGUUUGUUCAUUUGGUCAUGGAAUUAUGUGCUGGCGGCGAGCUUUUCGACAGGAUUGUGCAGAGGGGGCAUUACACGGAGAAAAAGGCAGCUCACCUCAUGAAAACCAUUGUUGGGGUGGUGGAGGCUUGCCAUUCUUUAGGCGUCAUGCAUAGAGAUCUCAAGCCCGAGAAUUUCCUUUUCGAUACCCCGGAUGAGGAUGCAAGGCUCAAGGCAACGGAUUUUGGUUUGUCCGUUUUCUUUAAACCUGGACAGUAUCUUUCUGAUGUCGUUGGAAGUCCUUACUAUGUUGCCCCUGAGGUGCUGCACAAAUUUUAUGGACCUGAAGCCGAUGUAUGGAGUGCCGGUGUUAUCCUAUACAUAUUACUAUGUGGGGUUCCACCUUUUUGGGCAGAGACGGAUAAUGGCAUCUUCAGACAGAUUUUGGAUGGAAAAUUAGAUCUUGAUUCUGAACCAUGGCCUCACAUUUCAGACAGUGCAAAGGAUCUCGUGCAAAAGAUGCUUGAUAGAAACCCGGGAAGACGGCUUUCUGCUCAUCAAGUCUUAUGUCAUCCUUGGAUUGUGGAUGACACGGUUGCCCCAGAUAUACCCUUGGGAUCAGCAGUCUUGUCGCGGCUAAAGCAGUUUUCAGCCAUGAACAAACUUAAAAAGAUGGCUCUACGUGUCAUAGCAGAAAGACUUUCAGAAGAAGAGAUAGGUGGAUUGAAACAGUUGUUCAGAAUGAUAGAUACAGACAACAGCGGUGCAAUAACAUUUGAUGAACUAAAACAAGGUUUGAAAAGAGUAGGCUCUGAACUAACAGAAUCAGAGAUCAAAACACUAAUGGAAGCGGCUGAUGUGGACAACAAUGGGACCAUAGACUAUGGAGAAUUCCUUGCUGCAACCUUACAUAUGAACAAGAUUGAACGAGAGGAAAAUUUAGCCGCUGCUUUCUCUUUCUUUGAUAAGGAUGGCAGUGGCUACAUCACCAUUGAUGAACUUCAACAGGCUUGCAAAGAUUUCGGCAUUGCAGAAGCUCAUCUUGAUGACAUGAUCAAAGAAGCUGAUACGGACAAUGACGGGCGAAUAGACUAUGGGGAGUUCGCUGCAAUGAUGAGGAAGGGUAAUCCAGCGCUUGCAUGCAGAACCCAGAGAGGAAACUUGAACUUUAACUUGGCAGAUGCCCUGCAAGGUAAAACAAAAAUGGAAGAUUAAGAUGGAGGCCAGCUUUUGUACAGUUUCUAACCUGUAGGAGGUUCUUCGGUCCAAGCUAGAAUGGAGAGAAAACAUCAAAUUUUGACUUCAAUAAUCCUAAGUUAUUUAAUUUGGCAGAGCAUGUUGCUACUCACUGCUUACUCUUUUACAUUACAUGUAUAUUUAGACAAUUCUAUCUAACGAAGUUGUUGGUUGAUUGUAGUAAUAUGAA